UUUUUACAUUUCUAAAAAUCCAAAUUUAAAAGUUAAAAUACGUCCCGAUUGUGUGAAGACUCUUCUUCUCAUAGCUAAAAGUCCAUAGUGAGCCUAUAGAGUAUUAAAUCAAAUACUAUAUUAUACCAAUUACCAACAGAACUUCAUGUUAAAGUUUAUGAAUAGAACGAAAAUCUAAGUUAUUAUAAAUGAAAUAUGUAUUGGUGUCUAUAGUUUCCUUCAAAUAAUUUGAGAUUAAUCUUCUAAAUAAAUAAUAUAAAUACUUUAUCUGUUUUUCUGACUGAAGAUGUGGUGAUCUUAGACACUACUAAGUACACUAGUGUAUUCCUGAGUAGAUAAACUAAGUAAGAAUGGGCUCUGAACAGUCUGUUCAACCCCGAAGACAAACUCAGAGAGCACCUCCAGUGAGAAGAGGACACACAAUAGCUGGUACUAACUUUGCAGAAAGCAGACGAAAUGAAACGAGAAGUGGCAACAACUCUCCAGGGGCCAGCAUGUGCUCUGACUCAGAACUGCCAUACAUAUCCUACACAGUGGACAGACCUAUCGGUGAUUCACCGAAGCACAAGGCGCGCAGUAACAGACCUGUCCUGCAGCAGCGACAACAUAGCCAGCCCCGGCAUCAGCGGACCAAAGACAUUGUGGUGGUGAAGCAGGCUGCGGACCCGCUCCUCGACGAGGACAUUCGACGGCUUCAGGAGAUCCCAACAUUCCUGCCCAUCAUGAGGGGGACUCUGGGUCUGCCCGGUGCCAGGGAUCCAGAGAUUCUUCAAGGACUGGACUACAGACCAUGGGUGCGUCUAAGCGGGCGCGUGCAAGCGCACCUAGCUGCAUGUGCCACGCCCCUCGCCGGCACUCAGAGCCUUCUAACCAACCAGAUUAAACAGGUGGACGCGGAGGUGUCGCGGCUAUACAGCCAGGCGGUGGAACGACAGCGGGCCAAUGCGCGCCACGCCGAGAGACUGUCGCGCGUGCGAGAGCUAUCCCACCAGCUGUCCAGGUGUAACUCCAUCCUUAUGCAGAGCCUGGCUGACAUCACGGAGCUGAACCAGCUGUUACCGGUCCACAGGCGGCUGGAGCCGUUCGUGUGGAGCGUGCCAGGAGCCAGCUAGUCACUCACCACACAGCACCUGCAUCUCGUAUGCAGCAUAAAGUCCUCGCAAAGGAGUUGAUCCAAAAUGGGCCACCUCUUUGAACGUUUAUUAGUAGACAGCAUCAGAUUACGCAAAAAAUCUUAUGAUUACAAUUUUUUGAUAUAAUAUGGCCUAUUUGUCUUGUACAAAUUCUAUCAUUGAAUUGUUAUUGGCAAUACAACUGUAGUACAUCAUUAUUUACAUAUGCAUACAUUUAAUACAUAUUAAGAGAAAAACAUAUUAAGACAUAAAAAGAAAAAUUUAAAGAAAUAAACAUUUUGACUGUUGUUUCUCAAUACAUUUUUGAUAAUGUUCUGUAUGUUCAUAAACACAUUGAGGAAUUUUCUAGAAACUGUGACAUUCAUAAUGUUAACACGAGGAACAAACAUAAACUUGUUAUGCCUACUACUCGGUUGGGUCGAGUUAGUAAGUCUUUUGUUGGGCGAUGUAUAUGCUUCUACAAUAUGAUCCCAGAAAAUGUACAAAACAAAUGUGUUACCAAAUUUAAAAGAAUUGUUAAAAAACUUUUGUGUGGGAAAGGUUAUUAUAGCAUAAACGAUUUUCUUAAUGACACCACGGACUGGGAAUAAAGCGAAUACCCUCAGGCUCUUUAAUUAUAGAUGUUUAUUGUACGAUAUCACAUUGUAAUCCAUAUUUUAUAUUAAAAAAAGCCCGCUGAGUUUCUUGCGCCCAUUCUUCUCAGAUCUGAGGCAGUCUCAGUGGUAGUUUUUAACGUUCAAUAAGUGAUUUUAAAUCUUAUUUUGAAUAAAAAUAUUUGAAUUUGAAUAUAAAUCCAGUGUCCCGAUGUUUGUUUCCAGUGAACUCCUAAACUAAUGAACGGGCUUUAAUGGGAAUUACUUCAUGGAGUGCAGCUUAGUCCAUCUUGAGAGAUAGGAUAGUUUUUGCUUCGAUUUGGGACCUAUAAUUAUUUUUAUUUACAAUAUUUGUUUUGUAUUUUCUAUGAGAGAUUUUAUUGUGACACGGUUUGACAGUUCUGCUGUAAAACAAUUUUAUUAUAACAACACGGAUUUUUUUUACCAAAAUAUUACAUAAUAUUGUAUUCUUUUGGUUUAUAUCAAAUUUACUAUAAUUGCAUUAUAUAGAAUCGUUUAGUGAGCAUUAUUUUUUAAGGGAACGAUGGCUGGUCCAUGCGUCAAGUCGUAAACGGGUGCUGCUCGUAGUGCCAGGUCGACCUGUUAUAGUUUAUAAAUCAUUGUAUUUUUUGGAUGCGAUUACUAAUUGUGACAUUAAUCACGACCAUCAUGUUCACGAAGCAUCCUUGCACAAUUAAUUCAAGUUCUAAAGGUUGAUGCAUCCAAUAUACGAUAAUUUGUAUUUAUACAGUUUAUUAAUUUUUAUGAAAUAAUUUUUAUUAUUUAAACAUGAUUCAUAUAUUGUAUGUAGCACCUUACAAACGAAUUUGUUAUGUAUAUUACAGCCAUUGUAAAAUACUCUAUUUGAUUGAAAAGUGGCCUACAUUUAAGCCUAAUUUAAUAAAGUUUAUUUGCUGACUUUCACUUUGUAAACUUUUGACAUUCAUAAGUGUCAUUUCCUUCACCUACAUGAAUAAAGUGAUUUUGAUUUGAUUUAA